GAAUGGGCGUGCCCUUAGCUGCGAGAGCGUUCCAGAAGGAGAGGCUUUCUUGAAGGUCAUGCGGGUGCUCGCCAGCGCGCAUAUACUCACUUGAUAAGUCAAGCACACGUCGAUUCUCCAUGAAUGCCCCCGCGCUGGCAAUGACCGCACACGCUGGUGGCGAAUGCUCUCGUGCGGCGUCGAACGUCACACGCUGUCUCGCGACGGCAAAUGGCUUACGCUCUCCGAGCCAACCUGUCUUAUAUGCGCGUGGACGGACUACCGACCUUAUAUAUGCACGCAUAUAGUCAUCCGCACUGGCCGACUGUCCUUAUGCGUCCUCGUCGACGGGUGCCUGCUCAUUAAUGCUGGUCACCAACUUGUGCAUCUUUUGGAACCUCACCGGCCAUUGCAGUGUGCCUCAUCGGCCGCAAAGGAAACCCUCACCGUUUUUUUUUUUUUUGGUUUCCUUCUGCGAGUCUACCGGGCCUUCGCCGGACAUCUCGACGCAUGCGUUCGUGAAUGUAUCUUGAUGCCAUACCAUGCAGCUGCUUUCUGAGCUGUUCUGCGACGUUAUUCCCUUCCUGAUCCAUCAUUGAGACAGCCAGCCCACCCGGCAAAGUUCGCG